GGUAUGAAAAGGGCAAUGAAUAUGCUGAAGAACAUGCUGCAAGAAAGACAGGGAAUGCAUAAGAAAGAGCAAACAGAUUUCUUUGACUAUGUUAUUGAAGAACUAAAGAAAGAGGGAACAAUCCUCACUGAAGCGAUCGCUCUGGACCUCAUGUUUGUGCUCCUCUUUGCAAGCUUUGAAACCACUUCUCUCGCUAUUACUUAUGCUAUUAAAUUACUCUCGGACCAUCCCUUAGUGCUCAAGCAAUUACAAGAAGAACAUGAAGCCAUCAUCAAACGACGUGAAGAUCCUAACUCCGGAGUCACGUGGAAAGAAUACAAAUCAAUGACAUUUACAUUUCAGGUCAUAAAUGAAACCGUGAGACUCGCAAAUAUAGUUCCAGGAAUCUUCCGGAAGGCACUGAGGGAAAUUAAUUUUAAGGGUAUGCCAUAUGUGAUUGCUUAUUUGCACAAAUAUCAUUCAUAUUACAAAAAGACAACCCGUUUUUGA